AUGAGCGCCUCGAAGGGCGCCAGCACCAGCGCCGCGGGGCCUUCUGAUUCGCCCGCGCAGACGGGUACGCAGGCGACGGAGGCGGACACGCAAAACCGGGAGGACGCCGGACGUACGUCCCCAGGGAACUCAGAGACUGAGGAAGACACACGGAUGGCCACCAUCAGGAGUGUGCAAAUGGCAUUCCGUCUGGUCGACGACCCUUCGAAUCCGGACGCCGAUCUGAACUCUCCGCGCAAGCGAAUCGACUCUCUCAUCCACCAGAAGACGCUGGAGAAGGAGGACAUAGUCGACCGAGGAGUGCAGAAGCUGCCCUCGGUGCGGCCAGAACCUUGGUUCGCGGUCAAGACGGACGUGCUGAACUUCGUGAAGCAGACCUUCGAGGAAGUCCAGGACCUUUUGGACGCGCUCGCGCCGGCGGCGAGACCCGACAUGACCGACUUGGAAGCGGGCCGUUGGACGAUAGACAGGAACGACGUCCUUAUUCGUAACUUGACCCAUGCGCGUACUCUGUCUGCCUUGCAUCUAGCGUGGUCAGCUAUCAGUACCCGAGCGGCAGUCGCUCUUCAGGAGUACCGCAAGAUGCGAAGCCGAGCGGAAGCGCUAGCGCAGGGCCGCCAUCCUCCUUUCAUGUCCCCUAUCACUACUCCAUCCAGCGUCUACCGAGAGCUUGACGAGAUCUCCAACCCCGAAGAGCAGCUGAAGUACGUGGUAGGAGCGGUGCCGGGGUAUAAGGACAAGGACGAGUAUAACCCGGACGCACCAAGCGCAUAUCGGAGGCGCUUCAUGGGAAAGACGUUCGAAGAGAUGACCGUCGUCCCUCGAGAGCUCAACAACGCCUUCCCGGAACGGCGCCCCGAAUGGAAUCCGCCGCUCAAGUACUACGUGGAUGGCGAGCGGUUUGAGCACGACGGCAAAUCGGAGACGGGGAAUCCUCUCGCGGGCUACCUGGAAUAUGUGCCGCCCAGGAGGAGCGGCAAAGGGAAGCAGAGAGCCGAGUUCGUCGCUGACGCGAGGAGCGGGUCACUGUCGGAGAGAGAGAGAGAAGACUCGUCGAGCGAGAGAAGAAGAACACGCGAAGAAAGCGCUUCGCGAAGGGAAAGGUCGCCCCGCCGAGAUGACUACAGGCGACGCGAACGCUCCCCCCGCCGAGAACGUUCACCGCUCCGUCGGCGGCAGUCGGGUAUCGGCGCAUUGGCGGGGGAUCUGAGACCUACCGCUUAUGUUCCGCCCCACAAGCAGCUAGGCUUCGAGUCGAUCUCGACCGCGCGGUACGCGCGACGCGCAGAAGGCAGUUCCAGUCGCGAAAGGGACGCGCCGCCGCAUCAGUCCAAGUCGAGGGGCAACGCGGAUGACGCAGACUGGAGGAGGAAACCAGAGAAGGAUCGACGGGACUCGAGGCGCAAACUCACGAGCGGUCCGCCAAGUCAGCGAAGCAGAGGCCGUCGGGAGGAACGUAAGCGAUCAGGCAGAGGGGGACCACCUCUGAUGGGAUCGUACGCUCACGAAAGACGCGAAGUACAGUCUAGCUAG